AUGGCAAGGCACGGGAGACGCAUCAAACGGUGCGGGACCUGCGUAGAACGCAAGGUUAAAUGCGACGAACAACAACCUCAUUGUCAACGUUGCAUAAAUGCAGGUCUUGCCUGUUCGGGUUAUCACAGUCAACUCAAGUUUGUUGAUGAAGGAACGCGUUUUGUCUCCAACGUUAUACCAUCACGACCCAAGCCAAAACAAUGCAAUCGCAUAGUCGUCUCUGCAAAAUGUACAAAGAAUCUCAGCCCGCAAUUUCUUAAACCACAGAUCCAUACCCUUUUGCCACCAAAAGAAACGCUUUUCCUUCCAUAUACUCUAUCAAAGCUAUCCCCGACAUCAUUCCGGUAUGAUCCGGCACUCGUGACAGGCGUUCUCCCUGCGCUGUUGACAGAACACAAGUCGCCACUUCAUCAAUCAUGCAUACACGCUUUGUCAGCCAUGUACUUUGGGAGAAUACACCAGGAUAAACAAGCCUGCAACCAGGGCCUGCGCCUCUACUCUUAUGCCCUAACACAACUCCGGUCCGAGAUAAAUAGCUCAAGUACAGAUAUGGGCACAAUAAUGGGCGUCAUGUGUCUUUGCGUUUAUGAAAAUGUGGUUUUCUCACAGCCUACCGCGUGGCUCUUGCAUUACGACGGUUUGGGGAGAUUGGCAAGUACUGUGAUGCCCGAUUAUUCUCGGGGUCCAAAGCCCUUAGAAAAUGAAGUAGAGAGACAAAUCUGGCGUGUAGCAAGAUACUUCAUCAUACUCUCGGCUGGACAUCAAAGAAAACGAAUCUUUCUUGAACAACCGCAGUGGGCGAGUAUCCACUGCAUGCCACACGGCGAGACGCCAGAAAAGUUUGAUCUUCUCCUCGACAUGUUCGCCCGGUUUCCCGGCAUUAUUGAAGACUACGAUAGACUUCGCAAGUCCACUUUUAUUCAUUCUCAUACACAAGAAGCUUUUCGACAAAGAGUGCAGUCACUUAUCGAUGGAAUACACGCCUGGUUGCGCAAUAUACCGUGGAUAUGUACCCUCGAUCCAAGUACUAGGGAAAACAGCCAGGGUCAACUACCUGACGAUCCUAUGGACUGCGCAUCUCUCGCCGUCUGUUACGCGAUACUUCUUUGUCUCAUCCAGCCAUGCGACUGCCUAAAGAUUAACAUUAUACCCGAUCACAACCAUUAUAACGUGGACCCCGCUAGAAUAGAGUUUCUGACACUGGAAAUAUGUCGCUUCUCAACAUGGGCUCUACGAGGCGGAGACACGGCAAACUUGGCGUUGCUAUUGAUAUAUCCCCUACAAAUAACUUGGUAUUUUCUCCAAGGGGCACCUGAAAAGCUGCAUCCUGUGAGAGAAAACCUGGACCUGGCUAUCGCGGAUACGCAUGGUUUUGAGCUGGGGAGGAUGCGUGAGUGGAAUGAGUUGAAUCUCGAGCAGGGAAGAUAUGGAUUUAUGUAUAAAUAA